UCGCCCGUAGUGUACUUGAUAUCGACAGUGCUCGGCCUGGUCACAUACUGGUGGUGGUCAAGAAGGAAAAUUUUGGCAGCCGUUGCAAACAUGAACGGUCCACCGGCUCUGCCAUUGAUUGGCCAUCUCUACAUAAUGGUGAAAUUUACUACGACAGAGGCAAUCUUCCAUAACCUUCGAACUAUCGGUGACAAGUAUCCGUCUCCUAUAUGCAUUCAUGUAGGACCAUUGGUGCACGUAUUUCUGUUCAACCCAGAAGAAUUGCAAAUAAUGCUGAACUCUCCGAACUGCCUCAACAAAUCCCUACACUAUAGCUUUCUUCGUGUUGAUCUGGGUGUCUUCGCUUCACCAGGACACAUUUGGAAAGGCCAACGCAAAUUACUAAAUCUGUCGCUAGGACCGGCAAUUCUCAACAGUUCUAUCACCAUGUUUAACGAGAAAAGUGCCAUUCUUGUGAAUCAGUUUGAAAAAUACGCAGACGGAAUAGAACACAACAUCUAUCGGGAUAUCGCUAAAUGUGCAUUGGAUAUUAUUUACUAUACCGCGUUGGGCCUUGAUUUCGAUAUGCAGCGAACCGAUGCCGGAGACUAUUACUUGAAUUUGCAAGACGAAUUUAUGGAUCUGAUAGCGAAACGGAUGUUUUCACCCUCCUUAUAUCCCGAAUUUAUCUAUCAAAUGACUAAAUCAUACAAAAGGGAGCAGGAAAUGAUUAACGAAGCACGACAGCUCACCGAUCGAAUAAUGCAAGAACGAAAAGUCAACGAACGACUUUCGACGGAACAAUUUUCAAAUGAAUCGGUGAAAACGGACAUCGGGAGAAAAAAACCUAUGAAUUUUCUAGAUUCGCUAUCGAAACUAGCCCAAUAUAAUGAAGAUCUAACUCGGGAGGCUAUCCUCCAGCAAGUGGAUACAAUAAUUUUCGCUGGAAGUGAUACCACGGCAACUACGGUAAGCACUUUUCUACUGAUGCUUGCGAUUCACCCAGAUGUUCAGGAACAAGUCUAUCAGGAAGUCAUGCAGGUCUGUCCGGAUAAAACCCAGUCAGUGACAUUGGAAGACAUUUCAAAACUCACCUACACCGAAAUGGCGUGCAAGGAAACGAUGCGACUGUUUCCUGCUGCUCCAAUCAUAGCUAGAGUUUCGAACGAGGAUAUAAAGCUCGAUGAUCGUAAUACCAUUCCCGCCAACUCAAUGAUUAUAGGUGCCAUUUAUCAAGUUCAAAGAGACCCGAAGAUUUGGGGCCCCAAUGCUCACCUUUUCAACCCGGAUAAUUUUUUGCCGGAAAACGCUGCCCUGAGACAUCCGUACGCUUUUAUCCCCUUCAGUGCCGGAAUUCGAAACUGCAUGGGAACUCGGUACGCAUGGCUUGUAAUGAAAGUUGUGAUAGUUUAUUUGAUAAGAAAGUACCGCUUCAAAACUUCCCUUGAUAUGAAUUCAUUAAAUUUUAAAUAUUCGAUCAUUAUGAAAAUCACAAACGGAUGCUUGGUAAGUUUGGAGAAACGAGACGAAUCGGUUGUAGGGGAAUGCGGGAUGAAGUGA